ACCCCUUCUCGUUCGGCAGCCUGAUUGGACCGCUCGUGCCCGCAUUCUCCUAGACGGUGGUGAGAGAGAGUCAUUUGUGCGAAGUGAUGGCUCCUUCUCUGUGCACGGAGUCGCUGCUGGCAGCCACGUGUUGGAUGUGUAUUCUCCCGAAUACACGUACAGUGGGGUUAAACUAGAGGUGUCGGACUCUGAUGGCAUCACCGCUAUGGCAAACAACCACAUGAACAACAUGGCGGCCACAAUGCCCUACCCACUCAAACUCCACCCAACCGGCAAGCAAGUGUACUUCCAGCCUCGCAAGGGAUGGUCGCCAUUCGACCUGCUCAAGAACCCAAUGCUUCUGAUGAUGCUGGCCAUGGGUGUCAUGGGCUACUUCCUACCUAAGAUGAUGGAGAACAUGGACGAGGAAACUCAGGCCGAGAUGAAGAACAUCACUCCACAGUCAGCUAUGGCUGAGCUAUGGAACGGAGGGGCUUCUGAGAGUGUGCCGAAGGCGACAGAGUCCACGCACAAGAAGGGCAAGAAGGGCAAGAAGAGUCACAAUUAAGAGCAGUUGGGGAUUAAAGAAUUUAAGUUAGCAACGAGUACGCGGAGAUAGAGGCAUAGUCGUCGGUUUAUACUUUUGUUCUGUUCGCUGUUCGCAGAGUGCAGUGAGAUUUAUCAUCUAUUUGAAUAUGCGGGAUGAACGAACAGAUUUGGCGUAUGUACUA